AUGGGGAGUGUGGGCAUAGUUUCAGUCAGAAGUGCUUUCUCAGCAGACAAUAGAAGACAAACAGCGGAGAAGACCUGUGUUUGUGGAGAGUGUCGGCAGAGUUUCAGUGAGAAGUCCCAUCUCAUCAGACAACAGAAGACAGACACAGGGGAGAAGCCCUGUUUGUGGAGUGUGGGCAAAGUUUCCGUGAGAAGUCAAUUGUCAUCUCACACCAGAGGACACACACUGGGGAGAAAACUUAUGUUCGCAGGGAGUGGGGGUGAAGCUUCAGUUAGAAGUCAGUUAUUUAGAGACCAGAGGACACACUGGGAAGAAGGCCUGUUUGUGGGUGGUGUGGGUGAAGCUUCAAUGUGUGGUCCAAUCUCAUCAGGCUCCAGAAGACACACACAGGGGAGAAGCCCCCUGUCUAUGGGGAGUGUGGGCAAAGUUUCAGAAGUCCUAUCUCAGCAGACAACAGAAGACAAACAGGGGAGAGGACCUAUGUUUGUGGGGAGUGUGGGCAAAGUUUCAGUGAGAAAUCAGGUGUCAUCACACACCAGAGUACACACGGAGGGGAGAAACCCUGUUUUUGCAGGGACUGUGGGUGAAGCUUCAGUUAGAAGUCAGUUCUCAUUAGAGACCAGAGGACACAGAGGGAGAAGCUCUGUUUGUGGGGCGUGUGGGUGA